GCCGCGCGAUGACCCGGAUGUAGUUUGUCUCAACUUUAUAUCCCACAAUCCCUCUCUUCCUUCUUCCUCUUUCUCCUCCGCAGCAAUGUCUAAGAGAGGACGUGGUGGUUCUUCUGGAGCCAAGUUCCGCAUCUCACUGGGUCUCCCAGUGGGAGCAGUCAUCAACUGCGCUGACAACACAGGUGCCAAGAACCUGUACAUCAUCUCUGUGAAGGGCAUCAAGGGACGUCUGAACCGUCUGCCCGCUGCAGGAGUCGGUGACAUGGUCAUGGCCACAGUGAAGAAAGGCAAACCAGAACUCAGGAAGAAGGUGCAUCCUGCGGUGGUAAUACGGCAGCGGAAGUCGUAUCGGCGAAAAGAUGGCGUUUUUCUCUACUUUGAAGACAAUGCAGGGGUCAUAGUGAACAACAAAGGAGAAAUGAAAGGUUCAGCCAUCACAGGACCAGUGGCCAAAGAGUGCGCUGACUUGUGGCCCAGGAUCGCCUCCAACGCUGGCAGCAUCGCCUGAUCUGGAUACUCUGUUUUCAAUAAAGUGUUGUAAAAGAA